AUGCGCACCGACGCGAUUUGUCGGCUCCUUCUUCAGCUCCUGGUCAUACUUCCUCUCGGUGUUCUCGCAGCAAAAGACAAGAAAAAAGACAAGGGUGCCAAAAAUGUCACCAUUGACAGACUUGUCAACCUUCGAACACACUCUAUUUACGCGCCAUAUAUUGAUCAGGAUUUGCAAAAUCGAUGGUGGGAUUUUGGGGCGGAUGCUAUCGUGAAUACGAACAAACAUAUUCGAUUGACGAGAAAUAAACCAUCACAAAUGGGAUGGUUAUGGUCGCGUUUACCACUCACGGCAACUCACUAUGUGAUUGAAGUAGAGUUCAAGAUGUCCACUGAAGGGAAAUCACAUCUUUUUGGUGAUGGAAUGGCGAUUUGGUUGACAAAGACACGAGCGCAACCAGGUCCAGUGUUUGGGUCGGUCGAUAAGUUUACGGGUCUCGGUAUCUUCCUAGACACAUAUGCAAACUCUCGGCAUGCAUACUCCUUCCCUCGAGUGGUCGCGAUGAUGGGUGAUGGCGAGACGAACUAUGAUUAUGAGCAGGAUGGGGAGAGAACUAACAUCGGGGCAUGCUCUGCUAACUUCCGGAAAACAAAUGUACCUACAAAGGUGAAGAUAACUUAUGCGAAGGAUACAUCCUUAGAUGUUAAAGUCCAGUACAAAGCUCACGACCAGUGGGAAGACUGCAUCCAUAUCGAUGAUAUUUCAAUACCACUUGCGUCGUAUCUGGGAUUCUCAGCACUGACAGGAGAUGUGUUCGAGGCUCAUGAUAUUAUUUCAGUGACAACCUCUUCGGCCAUCCUCGCGGACCCGGAACGUCCACGCGACAAGUUCAAAACGUCUUCAAGUACAUCAUCUGGCUCAUGGUUCGGCUUCUUUAUCAAAUCCUUCCUGUUCAUUGGUGUCUGUGUUGGUGCGCUUUACGGAUAUCAGGAAUAUACGCGCAGAAAUAGUGGAUUUGGCGGAAGUAGCUUUGGACGGAGAGGAGGGAUCGAUGUGUUCUCUAGUGCGAAGCGGUUCUGAUAUCAUCGUCCAGUUUAUUGCUUUGUCGUAAUUCAA